AUGGAUAUUCCUGAAUGCGCUAUUCCUGCCGUGCGUCCCACAUCCCCGCCUCCUUCCUACAGCGAGUCCAAUCAGUUCCCAGUUUUUACAACAGGAGUUGAUAUUCCCUCUACACCACCACCAGUUUACUCCCCCGGUCUUUCACCACCUCCGUACGGAGAAGCAGUGAGCAUCCAGAACGAAAGCGCUCAGAACAGCCAUGCCAAUGCUUAUCCAGUCCUUAACAUACCUACCCAUGCCACAGUGUUUCACCAGACUCAACAAACAGUCACACAACAGACAGUGCAAACAUCAUCACCUCAGGUAGUUGUGAUGCAACAAGAAGUACUGCCCCCACUAGGAGACACGCCCACCGCUACCGUCUGUCGGUAUUGCCACCACCGGGUCACCACCCAGGUGACGUACAAAGCUGGCAGUGCUGCCUGGGGCAUGUGCUGCCUACUGACGCUGUUAGGGCUGAUCUGUGGAUUUUGCCUCAUUCCCUUCCUUGUUAAGGGAUUCAAAGACGUACAUCAUUCCUGCCCUAACUGCCACAAACACUUAGGCAUCUAUGUUCGCAAAUAA